CUGUUUGUUAACGGAGAGAAGGAGAUUAGUCGCAAAUAAAGCACAAAGGUACUAUAUAGGUUGGACCAAGGGGAUGAAGUUUGCCCAAGGCUUUGGCACCCCAAACCCAACUUCUGAUGUUUUAAAUUCGAUACUAUAUUUCAACGAGCGACCCAUAACUGUCCAAACUGCCCAUCCACCAAGGUCUUAUUGCUGGCCAGUCCUACUCUCCAUCCAGGAUAGGAAGAUGAGCAGAAGACGAAAGCCGGAAGGUGUGUAUCUUCAACUUCGGAUCAAAUUCGUCUGAAAGGUGAUAACCCAGGGCGGGCAAACCAAGAGCUGAUACCGCGUAGACAGCCAUGGAAAACAGGGAGCAGCCAAGCGGCAAAUGAGUGCAUACCCUACAAGUUUCAAGGCUCUGGAGGUGGACAGUUAUGAAGAUGUUGAGAUUGAGAUUGAGCGCGACACAGGCGGGCUCUUUGUGAAGCAACCCCAUGCACAACGGGAUCGCGAAAGGAAGAAAGACAAAGCUGUGAAAUCAAACCAAGUCAAAUUUGCAUCCUCAUAUGAAGAAGAAGGCAAGACAGAUAACCAACGCUCCAUCGAGGCUUUGAAGACAAGCAAGAAGAAUAAAGGGAUGAAGAAAGGCGUCAAGUAUUUGGAAGACAUCAAGCACAUAGUGGAUGGCCAGGCUGAAAUUACGGGAAAUCUUGGGGCAAUUGCUCACCAAUCUUUGAGCUUGGAGGCCCAAUUUUCAUAUUUUUUCGUUGAAUCGCACCAGAUGGUUAUGAGCGACAUCCUCUGUAUAGGGGGAACCCGCCAUGGUCGUCUGAUCUCUCUGAAGGGUGCAAGCACGUCAAUCACGGAAAAUGGCCAUCAGCUUCUUGCUGCGGUCGAUCAUUUGGGCCUGGAGCUCGGCUCACACAUGUUGUCAACUCAAACUAAGGAACAGGAGUGGAGUCAGAAUGUUUGGAGUCUGGAGGGCAUACUGGAAGGUGGAAAGCGUGAAGGAGAAGCCAGGGCCGCCACUCUGUUGACCGGUCUCCAGAUGCAAGACUUCCAAAGCGGCGACGAUGAAGCUUCUAGUGCACUAUUUGACGAUGCAACGGAUGACCAGGGAAGGUUGACAUGGGCAGACGUUGCGGCGAAACAAGGAAAAGCAGUCGGGAAACUUGCUUCAGCAUUUCCCUGUGAUUGAUCAAUGCCAUGUGGUUUCAGGAGGGGAUUGGCUUUUACACACACGGAGGAGCUACUGCCAUUAUAAAGACAGAACUGGAUGGGGUAUUGCAGAUUUUGUAGCUUUUACGAUAUAUAAUAGCUAAAGAGCUUCCCCAUAUAGUCCCUCCUCGUAAUCAGUGAAGGGGCAUGAGAAGUCAAUUGCCCCAUUAAAAGCUAACACUGGGGAAUUCAAACAAUAAAAUGUCUUCAUCUGCUGCUGGUCGCCAUGACGAAAUUACCACAAGGUUAUUAUAAAGGGCAAAAACUCGAUAUACCCAGUAAACUGGUAAGAAAACUCCAUCUACC